CCAGAGAGCCCUGAGAGCACCACCGAGGCUGCUGACCUAGUCACCAAUACACCACUGGAGGAGACACAGCAGUCCCUGCAGACUGGAGUCAACACAACAACAGCCAUGAACAGUGAGGCCAAGACCCAGCAGCCAGCUGCUGCCCCUGGCGCCAUCCUCAGUGCUGCAGACACCAAGCCUGACUCUAUGAGCAGCAGCACAGACAGUGACAUCCCAGGCAGUCUCACAUCGGCAGUGCCAGCCUUCGGGGAGAAGACGCUCAUAGCAAGGAAGGUUUUGGGGACAGUGAAAUGGUUCAACGUAAAGAAGGGUUAUGGUUUCAUCAACAGAAAUGACACCAAAGAAGACAUAUUUGUACACAAGUCUGCCAUAAAGAAAUAUGCCACCAAGAAGCACCUUCGCAGUGUAGGAGACGGAGAGUCUGUGGAGUUUGAUAUUGUUGAAGGGGAAAAGGGUGCAGAGGCUGCAAAUGUUAUGGGUCCUGGUGGAGUGCCUGUUCAAGGCAGUAAACGUGCUUCAGAGCAUAACCAGUAUAGAUGCUACCCAGGUCAUAGGGGUCGUCCACGCAAUUCCCAGAAAUAUUACGGGAAUACCAAGAGUGGGGAAAAGAAGGAGCAAUCAGAAUGCACUCAUGAAGGCCAAGCUCAACAAGUCCAGCAAAGACACGUGAUGGAGGGUGCUGGCCACCAUGGUACAAACUGGCGAAGUGCACCAGUUAGACCGGAUAUGUAUCGUAAUUACAGAACACAGUUCCGCAGGGGCCCUCCUCGCCAAAGACAGCCCAGAGAGGACAGCAAUGAACACUAUGUGGAAAAUCAAGGAGAGGAGAACCAAGGUCAGCAGCCACCUCAACGUCAAAAUCCCUACAACAUCAAUCACCAACGAAGACGCCCAGAGAACCCCAAGCCACCGGGUGGGAAAGAGAUAUCAAAAACAUCAGAUCCACCAGAUGAGAAGCUGUCUACCCCCAAGACUGAUUAG